AUGAUAGGUGCAAGACAGUAUACGUGCACGCUCUACAACUGGGACUCGACGAACGUUGCCGCGAGGAUUUUUGAUAAGAAUGCGCACGAUGACAAGGAGCAGUUUGCACGAGCGUAUAUCACGAGUAGUGAUUAUCUUGUUGCGGAUGUUAUGGGUGACGUGAAGAAUCAUGUGUGGCACACGGAUUUUACAAUGCUCUCUUUCGUCCUCAUCGCCGCCCUCUCGGCCAUUGGCGCACAAGCCAACCCGCUCCAAACCCGUGACUCCACCACCGCCAUCAACGCCGGCAGCGGCACCUGCGCCGCUCCCAACUAA